UGAAUAUUGCUAGUUCACAAGAAAAUGAGAAAGGCAAUCAGAGGCAGCUCCAUCCUAGCCUUAGGGAUGCUCCUUUUGAUGCUUCAAUAUGAGGCCACUUAUUCAGCGCCAGUGACCUAUAAGGUUGGAGAUGAUAAUGGUUGGGACUUAUCGAUUAGCCUUCAAGCUUGGACUAGAGGGAAGGAUUUCCAUGCCGGUGAUAUUCUAGAAUUCAUAUAUGAUGAACAAUUGUUCAACGUGGUAGUGGUGGAUAAAAAAGGACAUGACACAUGCAUAGCGAACGAUGGAGCUAUGGAGUUUGACUCAGGAGACGACAAAAUCCCUUUGGCCUUUGGAGCUAAUUAUUUUAUCUGCACUACUCAACCUGAUUUGUGUGCUGCCGGUUUUAAGAUGGCCAUCAAUGCCACCGCACCGCCACCGUCAUCAAAAUAAAUACUACAUAGCUUUUGAUUCAAGCAAUUAUGCUGAAUUAAGCUAUUUAGUAAAAUUUUAAUUUAUAUGUUAUUUAUCGUUUAUAUUUGUCUGAGAAAAAAAUAUCAA